AUGUGGCACGAAAGGUACAAUGCUCACUAAAAAGGUUGACACUUUUAAGCACCCAGCUCUCCCUGCUUAGUUGCUCACCUUGAAAAGUCCAAUAUAAAAGCCUCAUUUAUUUCAAUCCCUCAAAGGAAGCUUUGGGUCAUGUCUUUAGUAGUUUUGUAGUUUUGUUUUUUGUAGUUUUGUUUUUUGUAGUUUUGUUUUUUGUGGUUUUGUUUUUUAAACCAGUUUUUCUUGAGGAGAGCUAAAUUAUUUUAGAUAGUGAAAAUUGGAAUAAAGGGUUUUCUUUGGCUCAUAUGAUGUGAAAUUUCCAUUUAUGAAUGUGUUAUCUUUGCUGCCAUCAGAGUCCAUCAAAUAUUUUUUUUGAGACCAUCUGAUGUGACAAAUCCUCAGCCAUCUUUCUUCAAUUUCAAGUCCAUUAUUGGUAAUCCUAAAAUGAAGGUGAGUGUUUUCAGUUUUUGUUUUUCAAAUGUAAGAUGCAUCACUGAUCUGUUUUCACCAAGAUAUUGAACAAAUUAUUUCAACACGUGUAAACAGAUCUUAUACUGUUAGUUUGUAAUCUUAAAUGCCUCUAGCUUAUGCUUUUAGCCAUGCAGAUUGUCCAAGAAUGUCACAAUGUAUCAUAUCAUGUUUUAUUGUACAUCUAAUGUAAACUUGCAUAAGGAAAUUUAUUGCUGACAUCUGCAUGUGUAUGAUUUCCACAGAAAACAGUAGUAGCAGUACUAGACCAGAUGAUCAAUCCUCACUGGCCACACCUUCCAAAACGCAAGGAUAGCUAUGAAAAUGAAAAAGAAAAGGAGGUAGUAGAGGGUGCCUGGCGCACAAUCACAGAUGAUCCUUUGGACUAUCAUUUUUAUUAUCAUAUUUUGGAUGGCGAUGAGGGAGGACGGCCCCCAAAAGUCUUGAUGCUAGGAGGACAUGGACAGACAGAAAACAAAUAUUUCAACUGGAGAGACAAGUCUUGUUUGCAUGUCAUUGCAAAGAACAGGAAUAUGGUAAGCUUGAGGUGUUUAAAAAAAGCAAUUAUUCUGUGUGUGGUUAUCCUGUGUUUGGAGAAACACAUGCAGGAGUUAUCCAAAAUAUGUGAUUCUCUAGCUUGAUAUUUUAAGGGGUUGGAGCAAAACUCUCAGAUUUUUUGGCUCAUUUUCUGAGAUACUUUCUUUUACUUAUGUUUACCAGGUCAACUAGUUUAAAUGUUUUGAUUUGGUACAGGCAACACAAUUUUUUGCUGUUCUAGUUGUAGGAAACUUAUAUUCUUGCUUAGACAUUUCCUCUUUGGUUUCAUGAUUUUCCAGGAGGCUCUUCAACAUCCUGUGGUCAGAAUGUUGGUUAAAGCAAAAUGGAAAAGUUAUGGACACUUCUUUCUCAGGUGCAUGUAAACCCAGAGGAAAAAAAUUGGGUUACCUAAGAUUGUUCCAUCAUUCAAUUGAAAAAAAAAAAGAAAUAGAAAUGAUUGUGUCCAAGCUUCUAGGAAUGUAUUGGAGCAAAAGAAGGGUUUACGGUGGAAUUAAAGAGAAGAAAUAGAGACUGAGGUUAGAGUAAGAAUUUCUGGAGUAUUCCAAUCCAUGUGCCAAACAAUAGAUUUUUUAGAUGCCUGGAUAUGGCCUUCAGAUCUGUUACUAUAAAAUGCUGAAAUGAAGCACAAAUGAAAGGAUUAUAAUUUAUAUUUGUAAUGUAAGAUUUAUUUAUACUUACUAAUAAGGUUGCUAUUUAUUUCACAGCCUUCAAGCAGCAUUGUAUGUGAUCUUCUUGCUGUGUUUGUCAUAUUCUCUGCUGAGUGCUUCCACAACAGUAGACCCCACUCAAUAUGAGGGUGAAGCAGAUUCACUGCGUGGUUUUUGUGAGAUUUUCACCCUUAUUAUGGUGGUCUUUUACAUAUGUGAAGAAAUUAAUCAAAUGAGAUUGUAAAUAUGCAAUUCUAGUGAGUGUAAAAUCAGGUUCAAACACCAUUUUUUGCCAAAGCUCAGGACAUUUUACCAUUAGCAAGUGUUCAUGUAGGUUGAUAUAGAUUAGGGAAGACUUGGUAGUAGUUAAGAGGUGGAAUUAAUUAUUACUUUGAGCGUUUGCCCUUUGUCAGAUUGAGUAGAGGUGAUGGAAUUGUUAGGUCAUGGUAAGGUCAUGGUAAGGUUAAAAACAUAAGAAUGAAUUAAUUGAAUGAAAAGUGUUCUUUGCAAACUUUUAAUCUGUCUGAUUUCCCUUAGAGAGGGGAAGUCGUACUUCACAGAAUGGAUGACCCUGUUUGACUGGUCAGGCCUGUUGCUGAUCCUGUGUAUAAUACCCUUACGGUACACACAAAGUAAAGCUCAGUGGCUUGUGGCAUCUUUAGCUUUCUUGUUCAACUUCCUAAGGAUCUUUAAGUUUUCCUGCUUGACAAGGUAAACUGCAUCAUAAGCUACGUUUGAUAGGUUUGAGAGAAUGUCAGCAAAUUAGAACAAGAAAAUUAUAUCUGUGAAACUUACUCACACAGUUGGCUUAGGUUUGGAUUUUGGUUAACAAGCCUAAUUUAUAAUUAGUGCAACCCCACCAUCUUGGCACCUUCAUGAUGGAAAUUUGGAAAUUUUUAAAACGUCUGAACGAAAAAAAGGUACAGAAUAGAAAGAUUAAAAAAAGCGUCCAAGGAGAGGAGACAGACGGGAGUAAUGGAAUUAAAAGAAUAAAGAAGAUGAACAAUUUGGUUAAAAAAGCCAAAUGCUUUACAUGGAGCCGACGCAUGGCAACUGUUGAAAACUGUUAUAUUCUUAUUUAGUAUAAUUCGAACAUCAUUAUGUAUCACAUAACUUGUGUCCUUAAUGUAAUAGAACCGUGUAUAUUUUUUUUCAGGACAACCGGAUUAUACACAAAAACCUUGGCUAAGAUCAUUUUGCACGAUGUGACAAGAUCCAUGGCGGUUUUUUUUGUUAUCUUUUUCUCCUUCUGUGGUGCUUUGUCUUUAUCGCUCUGUUACUCCGAUGAAAACCAACAGUUUAGGUAUGUCUCAAUCUUGCUUGCUUAAAUGCUACGGAAUAAAUGUGUGGAAUUAUUUGGUUGGCUGAUGUUUACUCUGCACUAUCUGCGAAUUUUAGUUGGAUGAAAUGUACAUGAUAACACCUGAAGUGAUAUGAAAUUUCUGUUAAUGUGUUGCAGAUCAGUCUAUGUGUUACAGUCCAUGCUAAAUCCAUUUUUUUUUACAUUAGUGACUUCGGAGAUGUGUUAUUGAGUGGCUUUCGCGCGCUCUCUGAACAAAGACCAAUUGCUUACGAUUAUUCAAAUUUCAAGUGAGUUGAUUUUUCUCUAAAAGGUCGAAUAUGUUUUUACUCCGUUUACUUGUUCAGAUCCCUUUACCUUAAGAUGAGUUUAUUACCACUAAGAUAAUAGGUGAAACUAACCACGUAAGAGCAUUUGAUUUAUUCCUUGCAGCUGGCUCUCCAUUCUGUUAAUGAUGGCCUACAUGGGGAUCGUGAUAGUGAUUCUACUCAACAUUCUCAUUGCACAAAUGAGUACGACCUACACACAGGCCAAGAAAGUCGCUCGUCUGGAAUAUGAUGUGGAUCGUAUUCUACAACUCACACGCAUGGAGAGAUUUCCUUUUCUGGUAAAUGAACAUUCUUCGCUAAUGGAAUUGUAGCAUUUUAUCAUUAAGCGUGCACCGGUGUUCGUGAUUGACGCUAAGUGGCAGCGUGCAUUAGCGCCAUACGUGACUGUGAGCGUGAGGAGAAGAACGUACCGUUAGGGUAGGAGGGGGCUUAGGUAUAGUUGUAUUCUUCUGCAAUUGAGGGGUGGCCUCAUAGACUUAAUUACUUUUACAUCUUUUCUUUAUGCAGAAUCUGCGCGUGAAGUAUUACAAAGAGGGAGACUGGAUCAGUGAAAUGAAACUCGCCCAAGGUCGGCGAGAAGUAUUUAACCAGGACUACUUUCACGAUAAUUUUUAUGCGUAGCAAUCGGCAAAAACAGUUUUUUUUUUAGUCUUGUAUCCUAUUUGUACUUCUCUGAACGAAGGGAGAUGAAGAAGACCUUCGGCUCAGUUGAUACUCAGUUAUAAUAGAAAAGGAGUAAUCUUUCUCAUGCCUUAACAGCUGUAAGGUUCUUUAUGUUCUUAAAUUUGAUCUUGGUUUGUUUGUAGAUCUUCUUGAAUUCAGUGAAGAUCGCAGCCCUUGGGAGUCGGUGGAAGAGAGACUUACUGCGAUUCGGUAACAAUUAAUUGCUUUAUCUUAUUUCCUAUCUUUCCUGCUAUCGGCCUAAUUUUUGAACUCGUUCUCUCAUUACUGGACUUUCGAAAAGAUCGACUUCCUUGUACUCAUCCUUCUUUGUUUCAGCAGUCAUGUUUCACACCUUCUGUUUUAUUUUUUUUGUACAGGGAUAUGAUGAGGAAGAUGGUGAAACAGAUGAGGCCUGGAAUCGGAUGA